AUGACGUUUCCUUGGGCGAGUGUUGAUUGUCUUCCAACAUCAACAUCGAACAGUGUUAAUCCAAAACAAUUGUCUACCGAUUAUCUUAAACACAACAGAUCAUUACUCAAUAUGCGUUCAAAUACACAUCUAAACAACCGUCAGAAUGAUAUUAAACGGCUGGUAAAUGAUGCACGAAUAUCCCCACAAACAAAUUCAAGCGGCUAUCACAGUGAUUUAUCGUGUUUAUCAUCGGCUAACGAAUCUCCACAAUUGGAUGUUCAACCUGAAGCAAAUAAUAGAUAUGCACCUUUAGCAACAAAUUCAACUUUAAAAGAAAAAAGUGCCACUGUUUGUCGAACAAACAAUAUUGAAUGUGAUGAUCAUCAUCAAAAACAAAAGUCAAACAAUAUUAUUCCCAAUAAAUCUCGAUUUCAAAGUUUUCUUCGACGACAGUAUGAAAAAGCAAAACAAAAAUUAUUACCAAAACCAUCGAGUACAAAAAAAGCACCAAAUACUAUAACCACUAAUGUUACCACUACUACUAUUGGAACGUCAACGUCAUCAAAUAGUAUCAACAUAUUGUCUGAUAGCAAUAAUUAUAAUAGUGUCAAUACUAACAAUAAUCACACAAAACAACCGAAACAGUAUCUAACAUCCGUUUAUCAACAUUCAGUUGGUUCCGAGCCGAUAUAUUCGGUAUAUGUUUAUCCAACUCAUAAGCUAGCAUCUAAAAGUGACUAUACCCCAAUACACGAAUGUUACUCAUCAUCAUCAUUCUCAACAUCACAACAGCCUUAUUAUUCGACUAGAAAUUAUAUACCAGUGUCAACAACAAAAAAUCCCAAUUACGAUUACUUACCAAAUGUGAACAACUCUUCUUUCUUGAAUAAUGGUCCCAAAACAUCAUUAUGUUCCGGAAGUGGACAAAAUACUGCCAGACGUGUAUCUAACUACUACUGUCCAUACGCUGAUAAUUUUCAAAUACAGCGCAGUUAUCCGAUUAAUCAACAACAAACCGCUACUAUACCCACUCGUUCUCAAUAUUCUCAUUUUCGAUCACCUCAUUCAAAAACAAUAUCUGAUUUAAUCUCACGUACACAUCAUCAACAACGAUAUCAAUAUACAAAUGACAGAUAUGAACAUCAAAGUGUACUACCACCAUCCGAUCAAUAUUAUCGAAAUUAUAUUCCAAUAAGUGAAUGCUCACAACAAUUGAGAAGUGUUGAUGAUGACGGAAAAAGUGCAUUUAAACCUUUGAAACGAAAUAUACCAAUGAAAUCAUCGAUACCAUCCACAACAAAUAUAAUAAAUGAUGAUGUAAUUGAUGAUAAACUAUGUGAUUUAGAAGUGGCAAAAUAUUUCAAAAAUAAUCCAAAUUAUUUUGAUGUUUAUAAUGAGUCAACACUUCAAUGUUUAUAUCCAAAAGCAUAUAAAUUACCAAUUCAAAACUAUGUCGAAACAUUAUGCUAA